AUGCCACCGAAAGAGGAGAAAAUGCUGGCUGAGCGUUUGGUUCAACAGCAAGGACUUUUUGCAACACGUAACGCAAUCGAAAAAUUUAUUGAGAAUUACGACGCAGAGCGUGAUACUCAUCAAAUCUCGGUACGAUUAGAGUCUUUGGAUCGUGUCAACGCUAGUUUUCUCGAUGUUCAGGAUGCCAUUGAGAGACUAGACAAAUCGGAGAUGCUGGAAGCGCAUUUGGAAGAACGUGUCGAUUUUGAACAACGGUUUUGUGAAGCGAAGGGUUUCCUCCUGUCCAGACGUUCGAACGAUGCAAAUCAAACUUUGUUAAAUACAUCGAUUACUGCGAAUUCAUCAUCGUACCCUACCAAUUUUCACCUUCGUCUUCCGAAAAUCGACCUCCCCAAAUUCAAUGGUGAUUUUUCACGUUGGUUGUCGUUUAGGGACACAUUCACGUCCAUGGUCCACUCGAAUGGGGACAUUCCCACCGUCGCCAAAUUACAAUACUUGUUGCAGUCACUUGAAGGAGAAGCAAAGAAGCCGUUUGAAUCCAUCGAUAUUGAAGCAGAUAAUUACGCUGUCAGCUGGGAGGUCCUGCUUAAGAGGCAUCAUACGUUGCUGCACGAUUCAGCCAAAGUGUCGCAAAACUCUUCCGUAUCAUCGUCUUCUCCCGUUCAACAAUCGCUUCCAUCCACGUCAGGUCGCGUGGAUCCCUCCAGUAGUUCUUCGGCUACAUCUCAGGUUAGCAUGACGGUCCAAUCCGCAUGCCCCACGGUUUUGCUGGAAACGGUUGUCCUCAAUGUUGUUGAUGAUCACGGAAACACACAUAAGGCACGGGCACUACUCGAUUCAGCAUCAAUGUCGAAUUUUAUGUCGCAACAGCUGGCUAAGAGCCUCUUCAAUCGUCGCACCAAGGUAGACGUUUCCAUCGCAGGAAUCGGUUUAUCAACACAGAAGAUUAGGAGCGCGAUUACCGCCACUAUCGAAUCACCAUUUCAACCAUUCUCCACGAAGAUGGAAUUUCUAGUUUUGAAGCAUCCAUCGGCAGAGCUGCCGACUGUUCCUAUCAAUACGUCGGAAUGGAACAUCCCUAAUGUUGUAUUGGCUGAUCCUCAGUUCAAUGUCCCUGGGAAAAUUGACCUCGUCAUAGGGAGUGAAUCAUUCUGGGAACUGCAUACAGGACAAAGAAUUUCACUUGGGAAUAAUCGUCCAUGGCUUGCUGAAACGCCAUUCGGAUGGGCGGUGUCUGGUUCUACGACCAAUUCCAUUUCACAAACGCCAAACGUUUGUUUCCUUUCCACCGCAAAUGAUUGUCUGGAAACAGUACUUCAGAAGUUUUGGGAGAUAGAAACUGUUCCAACUUGUUCUUCGUUCUCCGACGAAGAAAAUUAUUGUGAAGAAUUAUAUAAAACAACAACUAUUCGUGAUCCAUCAGGGCGAUACGUCGUUCGUCUACCCAGAACAGAAAAACCGGAAGUUAUACUGGGAGAUUCGAGAUCUGUCGCCGAACGCAGACUCUUUAGUUUAGAGCGACGAUUGCAGCGAGAUCCAGUCACGAGGAAAGCGUAUCAUCGCUUCAUGGAUGAAUAUGUGCAACUUGGACACAUGGAGCAGAUUAAAGGACCUGUGAAUGAUACAAUACCUCAUUUUUACCUACCACAUCACUCAGUAUUCAAAGAGACAAGCACCACAACGAAAACCAGGGUUGUGUUUGAUGCAUCGUGCAAGUCAGCUUCUGGUUAUUCGCUAAACGACACAUUACUGGUUGGUCCUGUCGUCCAACGUGACUUACUUUCCAUCGUCAUGAAGUUCCGGAUACAUCAUGUUGUAAUUGUUGCCGACAUUGAAAAAGUGUACCGGCAGGUACUGGUUCACCCCGAUGAUCAGUCAUUUCAACGCAUUCUGUGGCGAUCGAGUCCAGACCAUCCCAUUUCUACAUAUCAAUUGAAGACGGUUACCUACGGUACAUCGUCUGCUCCUUACCUUGCGACGAAAACACUCCAGCAACUUGCAAAUGAUUAUGGUGGAUCAGAUUUCCACGCAGUGAGAUCACUUCGGGAAGAUUUUUAUGUCGAUGAUCUGCUCACUGGUGCAGCAGACGUAGAAUCAGCAAUCAAACUUCGUCGGGAAUUAUCCGCAAUGCUCAGCUCCGCUGGGUUUCCUCUGAAAAAGUGGGCAUCUAAUGCAACUGAAGUUCUUGAGGAUGUGCCGCCAGAGGAUUUGGCCAUUCUUCCGUACCGUAGCCUCCAGGACGAGCAAGCUGUCUCCACUCUUGGUCUUGUCUGGGAACCAAAGUCCGACACACUCCGGUUCAAUGUUCAUUUGCCGCUUCCCGCUGCCGUCCUGACAAAACUAAAGGUGAUGUCAUACAUCGCACGGAUCUUCGAUCCGCUCGGACUAGUCGGUCCUACGAUUUCUAAGGCCAAACUGUUCAUGCAGCGUUUGUGGGCUCUGAAGCACAACGGCCAAAGCUGGGACUGGGACACUCCCCUCCCAUUGAAACUGCAAGAAGAAUGGAAACAGUUCCAUUCUACACUCAAUCUCCUUAGUGAAGCUCGUAUCCCGCGAUUUGUAUCGAUGCCUGACUCCGUCAGCAUUCAGCUUCAUUUCUUCUCUGAUGCGUCGGAAAACGCAUAUGGUACCUGUUGUUACGUCAGGACUGAAACAUCCGAUAAAAUCUCGGUCCAAUUAUUGACUUCCAAGUCAAAGGUCGCCCCAUUGUCAACCCGACAUUCCAUUGCUAGACUAGAGCUAUGCGGAGCACAUCUAUCUAUGCUGCUCUUCAAGAAGGUUAACAACGCCCUUCAAACUCCUUCGACUGUUCACUUUUGGACGGAUUCUACCACGGUCCUUCAAUGGUUACACGCUUCGCCAAGCCGCUGGAAAACAUUUGUGUCGAAUCGAGUUUCACAAAUCCAACUCAACACCAAUGUUGACUGUUGGAAACAUGUUGCGGGUAUUGACAAUCCCGCUGAUGAUAUCUCCAGAGGACUACAGCCUGCAGAUAUUAUCACCCGCACUAGAUGGUGGAGAGGGCCACCAUGGUUAGCACUUCCUUCUGACUGCUGGCCCAUCACCACAUUUUCCAAGGAAGAAACCGCUGGUGCAUUGUCGGAAAGCCGAAAAUCUCCAUUAAUUGCAAUGACGUCAGUACAGUCUACAUUUUGCAAUGAAUUAUUCAGUCGGUUCUCGAGUUUCACCAAGUUACGUCGUGUCACAGCUUUCUGUCAACGCUACAUAGAAAACCUACAUAGCCGUUAUUUAGCUCAACGUGAGAAUUCAGAAAAUUUAAAACCAUCGAACAUCGUCAUCAGCACUAGUGUAAUGCCUGAUCCGCUUAAUUCGUCGGAACUUCGUAGAGCAGAAAACUUCUUAUGUCGUUUGGCGCAAGCCGAAAUGUUUGCGGAGGAAAUUUCCAACCUUACAAGUGGGGAACGAGUCGCGAAAAAUUCGCCACUCAAAUGGUUGAACCCAUUCAUCGAUCGAGACAACAUCCUUCGUGUCGGUGGCCGGUUAAGCAACGCUCCACUGACAACCGAAACCAAACAUCCACUCGUCCUCUCUGCUAAGCAUCCGCUCUCUGCUUUGUUGGCUAGUCAUUAUCAUUUGAAGCUACUGCAUGCAGGUCCACAACUCAUGCUCGCUACUCUCCGCCAGAAGUAUUGGAUUCUGGGCGGAAGAAACUUGGUUAAAUCCGUCUUUCACCAUUGCCACACUUGCUUCAAAAGCAAGCCCACACUAGUUCAACAAAGCACAGCCGAUUUGCCAGCAUCGAGAGUCUCGCCAACCAGACCAUUCUCUGUUUGCGGAGUGGACUACUGCGGUCCAUUUUUUAUAAAGUCACCUGUGAAAAAGCGCGGUCCCACCAAGGUCUAUGUGGCCAUUUUUGUCUGCUUCUCCACCAAGGCAGUUCACAUAGAGUUGGUGAGUGACCUGUCCACCCCAGCGUUUCUAGCUGCACUUCGCCGCUUAGUUGCUCGUAGAGGAAAAAUAUCAGAAUUGAAUUCUGACAACGCCACGGCAUUUAAGGGCGCAUCGAAUGCACUACAUCGCAUCUAUCGCAUGCUGAAGGUCGACGAGGAUGAACGGAGACUCAUAUUCGACUGGUGUGCCGACAACGAAAUUCGUUGGAAAUUUAUUCCGCCCCGCGCACCGCAUUUCGGCGGUCUCUGGGAGGCCGCGGUGAAAUCAGCGAAAUCACAUAUGCUGAAGACCAUUGGAAAUGUCAACAUAUCAUACGAGGACAUGCUGACACUUUUGGCACAAGUUGAGAUGUGUCUCAACUCUCGUCCUCUCACCCCGAUGCCGCAGGAUCCGUCCGAUCUGGAGGUCCUUACACCAGGACACUUUCUGAUCGGCGAGAAUAUGCAAUCCGUUCCAGAGGUAGACCUAACGAGGACUGCUGAAAACCGUUUGGAUCACUGGGAAUUAACCCAGAAGAGGUUCCAAGUCAUCUGGUCGCGGUGGUAUCCAGAGUAUCUUCAGCAGCUGCAGUCACGUGCUACAAAAGGAUGUAAUCCACCUGUCCGCAUCGAAGAAGGACGAAUAGUCAUCAUCAAGGAGGACAAUGUUCCCUCAGCUAAAUGGCCUCUUGGAAAAAUCACCAAGCUUCAUCCCGGAAAGGAUGGUGUAGUCCGGGUGGUCACCCUGAGGACUGCAUCAGCCAAGGAAGUCGUUCGCGCUGUAUCCAAGAUUGCUCUCCUUCCGGUACUCUCCCAGUCAUCGAGCAUCGAAUAA